AUGACUCGUGGACCUUUCAUCGUCCCUGCGCUCAAGAAGCACACGGCCACCGUCAUCAUGGCCCAUGGUCUGGGCGACAGUGGUGCAGGAUGGGUCUCCCUAGCCCACAACUGGCGCCGACGAGGCAUGUUCGACGAAGUGACGUUUAUCUUCCCGAAUGCGCCCGCGAUCCCGAUUACAGUGAACUUCGGGAUGUCAAUGCCUGGAUGGUACGACAUCACCAAGCUUGGUCGUGAUCUCGACUUCCAAGAAGGGAUCAAGAACCAAGACGAAACCGGUAUCCUCAAGUCCCGCGAUUACUUCAACUCCCUGAUCAAAGAGGAAAUGGAAAAGGGCAUCAAGCCCUCGCGGAUCGUCCUCGGUGGGUUCUCGCAGGGAGGCGCCAUGUCCCUGUUCUCCGGUAUAACAAGCCAGGAAAAGCUGGGUGGUGUUUUCGGUCUCUCGUGCUACAUGCUGCUCAGCGACCGCAUCAAGAACUAUAUCCCCGAGAACUUCCCGAACAAGAACACCCCGUUCUUCCUGGCGCACGGUACAGACGAUGAUGUCGUGCCGCAUGAUUUCGGCAAGCGCUCGGCUGAACUGGUUGAGCAGUUGGGGCUGGAGGAUGUUACGUUCAACUCUUACAGGUAUCUCACACACUCUGCCGACCCGGUGGAGAUCGAAGAUCUCGAAAAGUUCCUGGAAAAGGUGAUUCCUGCCGAAAACGAGGGCAACUUAUGA